AUGGGCUCCCGCGAAUCAUCCAGAUCAUCCAAUGAAUUCCGCAGCGACACCUUCACAACCCCAACCCCAGCCAUGCUCGCCGCAAUGGGCAACGCCACCUUCGGCGACGACGUAUACCAAGAAGACAGCACAACAACCGAAUUUCAAAUGGAAAUCGCCCGCCUCACAGGCAUGGAAGACGCCCUCUUCAUGCUCUCCGGCACCAUGGGCAACCAGAUCGGCGUGCGCGUGAAUCUCACCCAGCCCCCGCACUCCGUGCUCUGCGACUACCGCGCGCACGUCUACGCAGAAGAAGGCUGCGGCCUGGCCGUUCUGUCGCAGGCGAUGGUGACCCCCGUCCAUCCUGCGAAUGGGAUCUACAUGACCCUGGACGAUGUGAAGAAGUGGGUUGUUCUGGGCGAGGAUAUCCACACCGCGCCGACGAGGGUGAUCUCGCUUGAGGUGACGAUUGGAGGGGUGUUGACCCCGCUAGAGGAAAUCAGGAGGAUCUCCGAGUUUGCGCGCGCUCAUGGCAUUAAGGUCCAUUGUGACGGGGCCCGGCUGUGGAAUGCUAGCGCUGCGACGGGUCUGGCGUUGAGCGAGUACUGUCGCUAUUUCGAUACAGUGUCGAUGUGUGUCUCCAAGGGGCUGGGGUGCCCGGUCGGGGGAGUCUUGGCGAGUACCAGGGCGAAUAUCAAGCAGGCGAGAUGGUUGCGGAAGCAGCAGGGUGGCGGCAUCAGACAGGCGGGAGUUUUGACGGCUGCUGCGCUCGUUGCGUUGAAGGACGUUUGGCCGACGAUGAAGGAGACACAUCUGAAGGCGAAGAGACUCGAAGCGGAUCUAGCGGCUCUUGGGGUCAUUCCGCAGAUUCCUGUUGAUACGAACUUCUUUUUCAUCGACGCUCAGAAGUCUGGGAUCGAUAUGGGGGUGGUGCUGGACCAGUGCAGGAAACAUGAUGUGAAAUUGCAGGACGAGCGAAUCUCCCUACAUCAUCAAGUCAGUGAUGAGGCGAUUGAGAGGUUAAAGAGGGCUAUUAGCGAAGCUAUGAGUAUCUCGAAGACGUAUUCGCCAGAUCAGAUAUCUCGAUCUGUGACAGGUGGAUAUGCGAGUUCGGCCAGAAUGAACGAGUAUAAUUGA